AUGGCGGAAUCCUCACCCGCUCGAAAGAGUGCACAAAUCUCUAGCCCAGAGAGGCGCCACAUUGGAAGCUAUCUCUCGGACGAUCGCAACAACGAAUUGAGCCACCAGCAAGCCCUGGCCGCUGCUGCGGUCGAGCACGAACGGGUCAGGCUUGCCGCCCUGAAGACGAUCGAGACGCACGCUCUACGCCUUGAGCAGCUCCGGCUACGGGAUGAAGAGUCACGCAUAUUAGAGAGGCAGCGGAUAGAGCGGGAGCGCUUGGAACAGGAACGUAAGCUGCGAGACGAGGAAAAGCGACUCCGCGAUCUCGAGGCGCAGAAAGUCGAGAAGCUCCCUCCUGUUGAGCCCAAACCCAAGCCCAAGCCCGAGGCCAGUGAUGUCCCUGCCCCUACCACCGGGAAUGGCCCCGACGGGACACAUACAGAGGUAUCUGGGCCUGGCGCUUCAGCCAAGCCAGCUGCGCUCGUUCCUCCCAAGGCGAGCUUGUUUGGGACUUCGUCGGCCUCGCCCGCUACGGAGACCCAGGGCCAAGCGAAUGGGACAGCUGCAAAGAGCGCGUCUCCGUUCCAGCAGACACCUUCAGCAACUCAACAAGCCCCGGCUCCAUCGAAUCCUUUCUUGAAAGCCACCACUCCAGCCGCAGCUCCAGCGACGAACCCCUUCGCAAAACCUACAAAAGCAGCAGCGAACCCGUUCCAAAAAGCUACUCCUACACCAGCUGCCAAUGGCCUUCCCACGAAUGCAACAGUGCCAGCCGCAGCCCCAUCACAAAUCCAACGAACUCAAGCAGUAGACCGGUAUAUUCAAAUCCACCAGAGUUUGAAGAAGAUACGCGCCAGCAUCAAAGAGCAGAUGAAGACCAACAUUGACCUCAAGAAGAAUGCGGGCGACAUGAGGCGGGAGAUACGCAAGUCCAUUGGGCAGUUGACAGGCGAGAGAGGAGCGAAUAAGCAACAGCUUGAGCGGAUAAGAAACACUCUUACAGCAGCCUUACGUGGCCAACCUCCAAGUGCUUUGGUGGACCCAUCCGAGUUUGUCUGCGACAAGCGAGAACCAGCACAGGAUGCCUCAAUAAACGGGGAGGUCCCUUCACUCUUCAUAUACCUUCUGAAUAUUCUGGCCAAGGACAUGAUCAAGCAGUUCGACAGCGAAUGCGGAGCAACGCCGAGUAAAGCCGACCCGAUCGGCGUCGUUGCAGCGCAGAUAUUCUCUACCAAAGACUUUCUGUGGCGUGGCAAGUCACUGAUUGAUAUUCUGAUGGCCAAGUUCCGGGUAGCAUGCCCCGUUCUCUUUGGCUAUAGGGGAAGUGAAAAGACUGAGCAGGGCAGGGCACGCCUAGGUUGGAGGAGAGAAGAAGGCCACUGGGCGACCGAACAACAACACGUCGAUCGGAUGAAGGGGCUGGGCGUGGGAUACGCAUCGAUUGCGCUACGCGACUUCUCCAAGGCUAAAACCACAAAUCCCUUUCCCCCCUCCCAUUACUGGACAAGCAUGGCCAGGAUCUUGAACACACCUCCAGCUGAGAUCUCGGAUACGCAGUGCACGGUUCUACGUGCCAUGAUCAAUCUCUAUGAGGAGAAGUUCAUCAAUUUCUACGGCAACCAGGCAAUCGCGGCACUGCGGAAGGCUUUGGUGGAGUUUCCUGCAAAAGCACCCGCCAAAACGCCCGCUGUCAGCGCACUGGAGAUCCUGGCACAGUUGUAUAUCAAGAAUUUUGGUCUCGAUCUCAGGUGA